AUGGAUCUAGAGCUCGAGCGUUUCUCUAGGCUGCUACGAGACUGUGGAGACUCGAGAGAUUUAGGGCGAGGACGAAAGCUCCACCGAGAGAUUCUUAGCGGUGGCGAGCACCUCAGGCACUGCAAGCUUCUCAAGGACCAGCUGAUACACAUGUACGGGAAAUGUGGGAGCGCCGUCGAUGCCUGGGACGUGUUCUGCGGGAUCAACGGCUCGGAUCUCCUUUCCUGGAAUCUCAUGCUCAGUGCAUAUGCUCAGAAUGGGCAACUGGGAAAAGCGAGAGAAGUGUUUGAACGUAUUCCACGGCGAGAUGUUUUUACAUGGACGGCUAUGAUCACUGCUUGUCAUUGCGGUAAUUCCUUAGAACAAUCGAAAAACUACUUUGAUUCGAUGCCGGAAAGAAACGUAGUUACUUGGACGGCCAUGGCUACUGCAUUUGCCGGAGCUGGGUAUUUAGAAGAAGCCCGGAUAAUCUUCGAUAAGAUGCCCGAGUGGAAUCUUGUGACCUGGAACACCAUGGUCGAAGCAUAUUGUUCCAGCAAUGAGUUGGAUGAGGCCAAGGUGAUCUAUGAUAGCAUGCCCCAAAAGACAAUGGGAGCCAUGACGUCGUUCAUUCGUGUUUAUGCAGAGAAUGGGGAUGUAGAAGCUGCAAAGAUUCUAUUUGACAGCAUGCCUUACCAUGAUGAAAUUUCUUGUGUAAGCGUAAUGGCAGGAUUUGUAUAUGACUGUUCUUUAGACCGAGCAUUGUUCGUGUUCAACAAUAUACAAUACCAAAGUAUAUUAUCUUGGACAUCUAUGAUCUGGGGUUAUAUCCAGAUGGGCCACCUUGAGGAGGCAAAGGUGGUGUUUGACUCAAUGCCUCUCUACAAUGUGGUGGCUUUAAAUGCUAUGCUACAAAUUCAUGUUAUAAACAGAAGUGUCAAGGAAACAAAGCACGUAUUUGAGCGAAUGUGUCAAAAGAAUCUAGUCUCGUGGACUUUGAUGCUUUUGGCAUAUGCCCAAGAUGGUUAUUUCUUGGAUGCUCAGAGAUUGUUUGAGAAGAUGCCAGAGAGAAACGUUGUAAUUUGCAGUGCUUUGAUGGAAAUGUAUACCCAAAUGGGGAGUUUGGACCAAGCACUGGAUAUAUUUCAUUCGAUGCCCAUUCAUAAUGUGGUUUCAUGCACAAUAGCUUUACAAAUCAGAUCCUUGUUAGGUAGCAGCAUUGAGGAUCUUAGGGUGAUGCUAGAAAGAUUUCCCCAGAAAGACAUUGUUUCACUUAAUGUAAUGCUCGCUGAAUAUGCCCGAAGAGGGAAUAUGGACGAAAGCAUAAACUUCUUCUAUUUUGUAAUGCCCUUCCACAACACCUCAUCCUACAUCCUAUUACUUGAAUCUUACCUUUACAAUGGCCAUGUUUUUUCAACAAAAGAAAUAUACGCAAACAUGCCAAAAGAAAGUACUAUUGCCUCCAAAGCCAUAAUAACCGCAUAUGCCCAUUCAGGGCAUCUGCUACAUGCAAAAACCACCUUUGACAGAUCUCUGUGUCGAGAUCUUGACAUGUGGACAGCUCUGAUUUGCGCCUAUGGCCGUUGUGCGCAAUGCAGAGAAGCCCUAGAGAUCUUCCACGAGCUGGUUUCCAGCGGAAUCAAUCCCGACGCAAUCACCUUCUUGAGUUUGCUCUUUGUCUGUAGCCACUCAGGAUCUUUAAAAAUCGCCCAAGAGUGCUUUUCUUCAAUGGUGAUUGAUUACGAAAUCUCACCCAUUCCAGACCACUUGAGCUGCAUCGUUGACAUACUAGAUCGCAAUUUCCUUGACUCUUGGCUAUACUCCAGUUUUCAAUUCACUGAUUUUUAA